UUAUCUUAUCUGGAGAUGGGUGUCCUCAGUUUUUUUCUGUUUCUGUCAUGUUUCCUAGCAGUCACCCAUGGCAGCCCCUCUGACUGUGUUGGGGAACCCCAAGGGAUCUUGCCAGACCCUGCAAAGGUAUCUGGAUUGUGGAACUUAAUUGCAGUUUCUCUUAGUCCAAAUGCUAAGUAUCAACUUGAUGAAAUAGCUUAUGUCUAUACAAAGGUGUCAUUCAAUGAAACAGAAUUUACUUUUGCUGUCUUCUCCAAUCCAAUGUCAGACACCAAUGGACAGCUCUAUCGACAUGAACGAGUACCAGGAACUCAGGCCUAUAAAUACAUAUCCACAGAGGUUUUAGAAGAGGUUUAUACUACCAUAUUAUUCCAGCCACAUCCAGACAUUCUGAUAUGCUACGAGCGAGCCAAUGAUGAAAUAAAUGGAGCGUAUAUACACAGUAGAGCAGCAUCAGUCCCAAAAGAAGAGCUGGAUUCGUUUUUAGAGUGGAGCAAAUGCAACAAUCUGAUUAAUAUUACAGUCUAUAAUCGUACUGUCAAUGACGCCCAAGAAUGUUAUGACCUUUUUGAACACUCAGAAGAUUUAAAAGAUAUCGAGGGAUGUGAAACAUGGGGGCUUGUUGCCAAAGCUUCAAACUAUGCUGAUCGAAAUUACAAUAUCAGAAUGCUGUACUCGGCUAAACUGGAGCUCUGUAAAACAGAAGAAGCAUAUACAGUCAAAGAGAUCCAGAUUGUAGGGGAUGAGAAGAUCUUGAUGGAGCUGAAAUAUGAGAACGGAACGACUGGAAAUAAAGUGAAGUUGCAAUCAUUUAAGACUGAGACAGAUAUACUGCUUCUGGGGGUUUUAAAUGAAAAACAGAGGACUUUAUUUCUUGCUUCUAAAACAUCCAAAGCAAAGCAGACUGUUUUAGACGACUUUGAGAUAAAAGCUCACUGUUUUGAAGCAGCUUUUACCUACCUAGUUCCUGGGAGCAAAGAGGAAGAGAACACUGAAAACCAUUAAAACUUUGAGAUCCAUCUGAAACAGACAUGAAGAAUUUUAUAUAUUUGCUGUUCACAAACAAGGAGAGACAUGAAUUUAUUUAGCUAUCCCAGCUCAUUUUCAAAAGUGACAUAGAUACUUGUUCUAACUUCUAAUAAAUGGUCCUGGUUUAUUA